AUGGCCCUCAGUUCUGCGGACAAAGGUCCAGCAUGGCCCCAUGACGAUGCGGGUGCCGCCGCCGCCUCCGCCGCCUCUGCUCGUACGACGCUCUCCACCGAUCUCUCUCACUCCACCACACUCUCGCCCGCUCUCUCGCCCGCUCCCUCACCUGCUCCCUCACCUCUAUCCGUCGACCCCCCGACGGCAGCGAAUCCCGCGACGCCGAAGUCUCUGCCGUCAGCUGCCCCGUCCGGAGGUCCGCUUCCAGCUCCUGUGUUACCUCCGGUGCUGCAUGCUGAGGCUGGCCCACCGACUGCUGGCCAGCCUGCUGCCACCACUGCCCCGGGCGGCCUGCCUGUGACCGCCCCAUCAUCGAUUGAGCCGCCGUCGCCCUCAGCCGCCGUCGCCUCUCCCGCCCCCGAUUCUCGAUCCACGCAAAACGGCGACCAUAGCCAUAGCAUCUUGGCCGGGGAGCAUGUCACCGGGCCCUCAGCCGGCUGUGACAUGUCCAACUUCUCGCCCGUCACGCUCACCGCCGUCGCAGCAGCAGCACCGCCGUCCGUUUCACCAUCUGGACCAUCCUUCGUGCCCAUCGCGAGCUUGCCGUCGACUUCGACUCUGCACCAACCCCCAGAUCCUGCCGCCGCCGCCUUCCAAUCCCCUGAGGCCUAUCCGCUAAACGCCGUUGGCGCGAACGCCCCGGUGCCGCCGCUCCCCAGCAUGCGACCUAUUUCGUCCAUGCCGCAGUCCGUCACACAGCCGCAGCCUCUUCAUCACGCCGCCUCGACUGUCACCACUGCGCCUCCCACGCCCAUCUCAAAUCCGCUCAACUUCUACUCCCACAGUUCCAUACCCUUGCCGACGAGUAAUGGGUUUUCCCACGAGACCAUAGUCCGCUACCCGCUUCCCCACGACCCUCGCAUCUUAGGCAGCAGAGGUCCGAAGAAGGAGAUCAAGCGCCGAACCAAAACCGGGUGUAUGACAUGUCGCAAGAGACGGAUCAAGUGCGACGAAGCUCACCCGACCUGCAACAAUUGCCGGAAGUCGAAACGAGAGUGCUCGGGAUACGACCCCAUCUUCAAGCCACAACUUUCUCAUAUACAACCCGUCCCUACCUCUGUUCUGCCCUCCACGAGCCUACGCUCGACCCCAGUCUUGGCCCCGCGGCCCGACAACUCGUACGGCAGCCAGCCGUCCAUGCUACCGAGUGCCUACGCUGCAGACUCGACCACGACCCUGAGCCCGACUUCGAGCGAGUUCGCUUCGACAGCAGUCAACUACUGCCCCAGCCCUUCCACUGCUGUCAUCACCCCCGUCAAGGACGAAACUGCCUGCGAUCCCUCGUCUGGCACCGAACAACCUUCCACGUCCCUCCAAGACGGCUCGAGCUUGCUCGAUCGUAAUCAAUCGUUCUCUGACGACGGCCGCCACCCCCCCCCAGGUGAGCUGCCAAUGCCGAGAGUCGAAACCCUCCCUCCGGCGCUAACACAUUAUUCAGGCAAGAGAAUGAAGAUCAACGAUAUCAUCGACUUGCUCGGCCCACCCCCCCCACCGCAGCAGGUAAGCCACACGGAGGAUACUUUCAAUGAAAUCACCAGGGUCUAUCACGAAAUGUACGCCAUGGCUCUCGGCGCCUUCUUCGAAACGACCUGGUACUUCUUUAUGGACAACGGCAAGAUGAUUUUCCCCAAGGAUGCCGCUCUGAUUGAGCACAUGGCCUCAUUCUUGAAAAUAUUGGAAGCCGUCAAGGCGAAUGAUCACACCCAGAUGACCUAUUCUGGCGUCCUCGAGACGAGGAUCGUAUGGGAGCUCGCUUGCACAGCAUACUCUACCCCCGAUCAAACAAACGGCGCACGCAGCACACUACCUGCUGAUGGCGAUGCGGCCGAGGCGAGGAAUAGGCUGCGCGUCCUCGAGACCCUCUUGUGUGGAGAAUACCUGGAUGAAAAUCCUCUUGCACCGCCGGCGGCCGAUCACGACCAGCAUCGAAUCCGACAGUUUGACUUCUGGUACAGCCUAGCCGAGUUCGUUCGCAAGCGAGACAACCCCGGUUCGCCACAGGCUGCGCAGGCCAGGGAAGCUGUGCUGAGUAGAAUGCGCCAUCUGCUCGAUGGACGCGAAAAUCGUGACCUUCUCUACUCCAUCGCCGUCGUCAGGGAGCUCGCGCCCAACUUUGACGCCGGGUACGGAGAAACGAUCCCGCAGCACUUGGACGAAACCGACCCCAAAAGCCGGCUGGCGGUCGCAUCUAAAUUUAUUCUUGACGAGGCACAAGUCACCGGUGGCACGACAAACGUGGUGCGCCGCUUCAGCGACAUUGCCUCCCGGGCCUUCGUCAAUCCAGGAGUCAACGUGGCGAGGAAGUUGUAG